UCUUUUCACUAUUUUCAGUUACUUUCUCAUCUUUACCAUUCUCUUUUUCUCUCUCUCAUUCUCAUCAUGGCUUCCUCUAUUUUCACUGGAGUGAAAUUUGUUCCAGAAGAAGAUAAUUUCUUGCAGAGACAUGUAGCUUUUUUCGAUAGGAACAAAGAUGGUAUCGUUUAUCCCUCGGAGACAUUUCAAGGAUUUAGAGCAAUUGGGUGUGGAUAUUUGUUGUCAGCAGUUGCUUCUGUGUUCAUAAACAUAGGUCUCAGCAGCAAAACCCGUCCGGGUAAAGGAUUCUCGUUGUUGUUUCCUAUAGAGGUUAAGAAUAUUCACCUUGCCAAACAUGGAAGCGAUUCAGGCGUUUACGACAAAGAUGGACGGUUUGUGGCAUCGAAGUUUGAGGAGAUAUUUGCGAAGCAUGCACACACACAUCGCGAUGCUUUGACCAACGAGGAACUCAAACAACUACUAAAGGCAAACAAACCUAAUGACCGUAAAGGAUGGAUUGCAGGGUAUACGGAGUGGAAGAUAUUGCAUUAUUUGUGCAAAGACAAGAACGGUUUGUUGCACAAAGACACAGUGAGAGCUGCAUAUGAUGAAGUGAAAGCUGUUCCAGAAAACUAUAACUUCUUGCAAAGACAUGUCGCCUUCUUCGACAGAAACAAAGAUGGCAUCGUUUAUCCCUCAGAGACAUUUCAAGGAUUCAGAGCAAUCGGAUGUGGAUAUUUGUUGUCAACAUUCGCUGCUGUGUUCAUCAACAUCAGUCUCAGCAGCAAAACUCGUCCGGGGAAAGGAUUCUCAUUCUCGUUUCCCAUAGAGGUUAAAAAUAUCAACCUUGGCAUACAUAGCAGCGAUUCAGGCGUUUACGACAAAGAUGGACGGUUUGUGGCUUCGAAGUUCGAGGAGAUAUUUGCGAAGCAUGCUCACACACAUCGUGAUGCUUUGACCAACAAGGAACUUAAAGAACUUCUCAAGGCAAACAGAGAACCUAAUGAUUGUAGAGGAGGGAUUUUAGCGUUUGGGGAGUGGAAGGUAUUGUAUAAUUUGUGCAAAGACAAGAACGGUUUGCUACAAAAAGAGACAGUGAGAGCUGUCUAUGAUGGUUCUCUUUUCGAACAACUCGAGAAACAAAGAUCUUCUAAAACUCAUAAGAAUCAUUCAUAAAUCCUAAUGUAAAUUCACUGUUAUGCUCGUGAAUCUGUUUUAGUUAAAUCUUUAGUAGCUACAGUAAUCUAUGAUGUGAAGAUUGGGAUGUGUUUGAUUUUCUAGACAUAUAUAGAUUAAUUGUGUACGUUAGUACGUAUACUUGUAAUCUUAUAUGAUUGUAUCUUAUUCAAAUAAAAGAUUAUAUAAUUU